AUGGGUAUUGACGACUUGGACUUUUUGGGCCCGAACUUGCUUCAUCACGUCUCAAAUGGUACCUCCACGGCUAUUUCUCUUCUUUUGAGGGAUCUAAACGUGUUGUUGGAUGGUAUUACUCCGAACAACGCGAACCAUGACAAUUUUCAUUGGAAGCUAACUUCUAACGGCGUGUUCUCGGUAGCAAGUGUGUCUAACUUGGUGUCCAAUGCAAAAGAUAUAACAUGGCCAACUAACACAAUCAAAUUGUUGGAUGUCAUGUGGAAAGCAAAGAUUCCAAAAAAGGUUAAAAUAUUUUCUUGGAGAUUCUUUAUUGAAAGACUCUCUCUAAAAUAUCUUUUGGCUUAUAGAGGUGUAACUAACCUUACUUCUCUUGAUUGUCCUUUUUGCUCCAAUCACCCAGAAUCUUCGGAACAUCUCUUCUUCCAAUGUCAAAUAUCAAAAGCGGUUUGGGAUAGAAUCUACUCUUGGUUGGGAAAUGACUUGGAGUUCACUUUGGAAGAGUUCAAAAGCUUCGGUUGCAUUCAAGAAAAGGCGAGGAAAACCAACACUAGAGUUAAACUAAAUUCAAUUUGGUUAGCUCUAAUUUGGUGCAUUUGGACUAUGAGAAAUGCUAUUAUUUUUUAUAAUGCUUCUUUUAGCUUUGAAACGGUCAUUUCCAACAUUUUAUUCUUCUUGGAGAUGGUUGUGUAA